AUGCUUCUUUUCUUUAUCUAUCUAUCUAUCUAUCUAUCUAUCUAUCUAUCUAUCUAUCUAUCAGUCUAUUUCUUUCUUUUUUUCUUUCUUUCUUUCGUUCUUUCAGUCUAUCUAUCUAUCUAUCUAUCUAUCUAUCUAUCUAUCUGUUUGUCUGUCUGUCUAUCUAUCUAUCUAUUACUUUUCUUAUUUUCUCUAUCUAUCUAUUACUUUUCUUAUUUUCCCUAUCUAUCUAUCUAUCUAUCUAUCUAUCUAUCUAUCUAUCUAUCUAUUACUUUUGUUAUUUUCUCGAUCUAUCUAUCUAUCUAUCUAUCUAUCUAUUACUUUUGUUAUUUUUUCGAUCCAUCUAUUAUUACUUUUCUUAUUUUCUCGAUUCAUCUAUCUAUCUAUCUAUUACUUAUUUUCUCGAUCCAUUUAUCUAUCAUAUUUCUUAUUUUCUCGAUCGAUCUAUCAGCAUUUCUUGGUCUCACUGGACCUCCUGGUAACAAUGGAAAUGACGGAGCCCCUGGAGAGCGUGGUGCCUCUGGACCUGCUGGACAAGCUGGAACUCCCGGAGAACGAGGUGAACGCGGAUUCCCUGGUGAUCGUGGUUCUGAUGGACCUCCUGGUGCUCCCGGAGAGAGAGGACCCGCUGGACCUGUUGGUGUUCCCGGAGAAUCUGGGCCACCAGGACCUAUUGGCAGUCGCGGAGAAGCUGGACCCCCUGGACUUGUGGGACUCCCCGGUGAACGCGGACCUACUGGAGGACCUGGACACAAAGGAGAUACUGGUUCCCCUGGACAACGUGGUAAAGAUGGUGAAUCCGGACCCCCUGGAGAAGUUGGUGCCCCUGGACCCGCUGGACCUGCCGGACCAAUCGGUGGACCCGCCAUGAAAGGAGACCGUGGUGUUCCUGGACCUCGUGGAGAAUCAGGACCUUCUGGAAAAGCUGGCAAUCGCGGUCUUCCUGGACCCCCAGGACCACAAGGACAACCCGGAAUUGCUGGGCCUGCUGGACCAACUGGUGCUACUGGUGAAGUUGGAGCUGCCGGACAAACUGGACCUGCUGGACCACGCGGACCCACUGGAGAACCUGGAAUUGCUGGCCCCGCUGGUAAAAAUGGAGAAGCCGGACGCAAAGGUAAACCUGGUGAUCGUGGUUCCGCUGGAACCCCUGGAAAUGCUGGAGCCCCUGGACAUUCUGGACCUCAGGGAACACCUGGUGAAACUGGCCUUCCUGGUAAACCUGGACCUGCCGGACCUAUGGGCCCACAUGGAGAGCGUGGAGAAUCUGGAGUUCCCGGACGUCCUGGAGAGACUGGACCACCCGGUACCCCCGGAACUGACGGAGUUCAAGGCGAUCGUGGAGAGCCCGGAAAUACAGGACCUGCAGGACCUCCCGGACCUGCUGGACCUCAAGGUGAACGUGGUGGACCUGGAUUCCCUGGUGCUCAGGGAGAAGCAGGACCUUCUGGAGCAUCCGGAGCAGCUGGUACCCCCGGUGAACCCGGAAGAAACGGAGUUGAUGGACCACCAGGACCUAUGGGACCUGUUGGACACCCCGGACCUGCUGGAAACCCCGGAGAAGCUGGACCUGCUGGUGAAGCUGGACAACGUGGUCUCCCUGGUGCUUUAGGACGCCCAGAGGCCCGAAAUUUUGAAAAAUGGAAUCUCUCGAUUAAUCUUAACAAAUCUCUCUCUACCUCUAUCUCUCUCUAUCUCUCCCUCUCUAUCUAUCUCUAUCUAUCUCUAUCUAUCUAUCUCUAUCUAUCUCUCUCUAUCUCUAUAUCUCUAUCUAUCUCUCUCUAUCUCUAUAUCUCUCUCUAUCUCUCUCUCCCUCUCUAUCUAUCUCUAUCUAUCUAUCUAUCUCUAUCUCUAUAUCUCUCUAUAUCUCUCUCUAUAUCUCUAUCUAUAUCUAUCUAUCUAUCUAUCUAUCAUGACGGAAUGGUUGGACCAUCCGGACCCGCUGGCUCUACCGGAGAGAGAGGCGAGAGAGGAGAACGUGGUGCCGCUGGAAUUCAAGGACCAAAUGGACCCCGUGGACCUGCUGGUGCCAUGGGAGCUGCUGGAGACGCUGGAGAACGCGGAAUCAUGGGAGAUAAGGGAGACAAAGGAUGGAUGGGAUCCCCUGGUAUGCCAGGAAACCCAGGACCUCAGGGACAAGUCGGAGAAAUGGGACCAGCUGGACCUCCCGGAGCUAUGGGAGGAAGAGGACGUGACGGACCCCGUGGUAAUCCCGGUAAAGAUGGUGAAGCCGGACCUUCCGGAGUUCCAGGACAACGUGGAGCACGUGGACCACCUGGAAGCGAUGGCCGACCAGGAAAUCCCGGACCCCCAGGACCACCCGGACCUCCUGGUUACGCUCCCAGCUACACGCCAUUCCCCAGCAUGCAAGGACCCAAAGGACCAGAUCCAGCAGAAGGUUAUUAUGGUGAUGAGGCACAACCCGAUGAAGUUGAUGUCAUUAACCAGGUAGCCUGGGCCAUUGAACGUACAAGGAAACCAAAGGGUACCAAGAACGAUCCUGGUGCAACUUGCCGUGACCUUCUUAUACGUAAUGAACAAAAAUUGGAGAGUGGCAAAUACUUCAUUGAUCCUAAUGGCGAAUCUACCAUCGAUGCUUUCGAAGUUUAUUGUAAUAUGGAAAAUGGCGAGACCUGCUUGCAUCCAGAGAGUACCGAAUACACACAGGAUAGAUGGACAAAGGAAACUAGUCCUGACCAAUGGUUCAUGAGAGAAAUUGUUCAUAAGACUGAGCUUGGCUAUGGUGAUUUGAAGAGAGACCAAUAUCACUUCCUUCACAUGCAUUCGAUCCGUGCCCGUCAGAACAUCACAUACAACUGUCUCAACUCUAAUGCUUAUGGAGUAAAACUUGCCACUUUCGAUGGUAGCGAGAUGUUCGCCAAUCACGAACUGCGCAAAUACACCUACAGAGUUAGCAUUGAUGGAUGCCAGACAAAGAACAACCAGUGGGGUAAGACAGUAUUCGAAGUGGACACCAGCCAGACAGACCUCCUACCUAUCACUGACGUAGCCGUUCAAGAUGUAGGAGAGGAAAACCAGAAAUUUGGCUUGCAGAUUGGUCCAGUCUGCUUCAGCUAA